GUGCUGGUGAAUGUGGUGGGAGCUCUGGGAGAGUGUGCUUCUCGAUAUGCUGACAGUAGAGUGGUCAUACGCAAGGUUGGUGGGGUAGCCCCUCUCGUUCAGCUACUCACAGGCACUAAUCAACCACUCCUCAUCAACACCACCAAUGCUGUGGGUGCCUGUGCACUGGACCAGGAGAGCAUGGCUGUGAUUGACAAGCAAGAUGGAGUGCGAUUGCUGUGGUCUCUACUUAAAUCACCCAAUGAUGAUGUCCAAGCGUGUGCUGCAUGGGCUAUCUGUCCGUGUAUUGAGAAUGCCAAGGAUGCUGGUGAAUUGGUACGAUCAUUUGUGGGAGGGUUGGAGCUCAUAGUGGGGUUGUUGAAGUCCCCUGACCACGAGGUCCUGGCUAGUGUGUGUGCAGCCAUUGCUAAGAUUGCCAAGGAUGAGGAGAACCUAGGAGUCAUCACUGACCACGGUGUGGUACCACUACUGGCUAAACUGACCCAUACAACGGAUGACCACCUCCGACGUCACCUCGCUGAUGCCAUGGCCAGGUGCUGUACAUGGCGUAACAAUCGUAUUGCAUUUGGGGAGGCCCAGGCAGUAGCUCCACUUGUCUCCUACCUCAAGUCACCUGACCUGGAUGUCCAUCGCUCCACUGCCUGUGCCCUACACCAGCUCUCAAAGGAUCCUGAUAACUGUAUCACCAUGCACGAAGCUGCUGUAGUCAAGUGUCUCCUCCCUAUGGUGGGUUCCACUGACUUUGUCCUGCAAGAAGCUGCCGCUGGUUGUAUCAGUAACAUACGUCAUCUGGCCCUCGCCAAUGAGAAAGAGAAGUUCAUGUGAACUCUAUAACUUGUUAGACUUGUUGACAGCAACUGUACGCUAAAAUAUGUUUAAUCAAUAAUUAUGUUUUGCUUUGCUUGUAAAGACAUAACUAAGUUACAGCUGUUUGCAUAGACCUUGCAAAAAUACUAAAUCAUUCACUGAAUUACCACAAAACCACCAUACAAUUUUGCUAUGCAAGCAAAUAGUAUUGGGUACAUUCACAUUCAUAAAAAGUGAGCAAUGGUGCAUGACUUCAAGAAAUAGACUACAUGGAGAGUCAUAGAACCGGGAGGAUUUGAAGUAGAGAAUGGUCUACCAACGCCUUAUGCUGAGACUUGUGCUGUACGAAAAAUGUUUACGCUAAAGAGCCUACUAACUUGCUCACUGCGGUAUACCGGUUUUGACCAAGUCCGAACAUAUUUCUCUACUAGAUAAGCACCAAACAAUAUUUUGUGAUCUGUUAGUGUUUAAGGUACUUCGUACUAACAGUUUCUUUAACCUGAAACUUCAAGCCUCACCAUAAUUAUGUGAGUUUCCAUAUCACCAAGAGUAGAUAAAAGCAUCUACUCUUGAUAUAAUUUAUACCACCUUAUACAGCAGGUAUUUUUCGAGGGUCUACUCAAAAAGUACCUGUUAUACAAGUUCUAGAAACCAUCAUUGCUCAGGACUGCAUGUUGUUUGCAUAGCAACAUUGUAUGGUGAUUUUGUGGUUUUGUGGUAAUGCAGUGAGCUGAUUUAGCAAGGUCUAUGCAAACAAACAGCUGUACUUAGCAUUAUUCAUGAUUUGUGAUUUGUACCACAUCCUGUAGACUUUUGUUUGAUGGCUGUACUGUACACACAGAAUUCAGUGGAACUAUCAUAAAUAGAGUGACAAAAUCAAUUGUCUACAUUGUUGCCAAUAGUUCAUUUGUACUUGACAAACAAAAGACUUAAAAUUUAAAGUUUUUGGAAUCUGAUUAUCAUGGCUGUUGGAAAAUACCAACCUUCAGGUAACAACUGGGUAUUCAUUUUCGUGCUUCUUGGAGAUAUGUUCCAAACAUUCGUUUUGGAAUUGAUUGCAGUAGCAUCUCUACCAGCACAUGUGGCUGUAGCAACUGUUGUCACUUAUGUUACUAUUGGCAUUUUAUUUGGUAUAGUACCAGGAGUAAUCUAUGUUGUAUAUAUAAAUUGGAAGGAUUGGAACUGUGAAAUGACGUCCAAUUGCGAGAAAUUUGGCAAUACAACGGUAAAACCAGUUUUGUGCGCUGUUUGUGGCCCAUUUUGCUACUAUUAUGGAGAUAAUGUCGCUAAGUUGGUCGGCUUGAUUGGUGAUACGUCUGGUAAUUGUUCAGAUGAGUGUCAGAGUGCAUGGAGAGUAUCUGGAGUAGCUGCACUUUUUUUUUUUAUACUUAUCAAUAAGAUUCGUUGGAAAUCAGAUACACCUAAGCAUUGGUGGGAACCAGCUACGGACAUGAUUGUUAACUUAGUUACCUUUGAUGCUUUCUACACUGCUUUUAUUAAAGCAGCUCAAAGCAAUAUGAUAUGCACGUCAGAUAUGUUUUGCAGAGGUGUCGAUAAGGGUUUUGCUGGAGCAGCUUAUGUCUUUACCAUAAUUUAUGCAUCAGUCUCUAUUUUUUACAGUUGCAACAAGGCAAUAAAGUUCGAUGCAAAAGGAACAAAGAAAGUAAUAAUUUCUUCCGGUGUUAUGAUAUGGAUUGCUUUUGCAGCCUACCUCUUUGCAGACAAUGUUCUGCCAUUAGACUUUCGUUUUUGUUAUGUGCCUGAAAAUGAUGAGGCUAAAGCUAAAGCUACGAAACAUCUACAUAUUGGGAGAGCUAUAGCCAGCAUUUUCAGUGCCAUUAUUAUUAUUGUGUUUGCUAUUAUUUUUGCCAUUUCUGCAUAUAAGGAUCUGAAACAGAAAAGGGAAUGCACAGACACAAACCCAAGUACUAAUAACCCGAGUACUACAGAGACAUAAACCCGAGAACUACAUGCAGUCAUGUAUAUAAGAUAUAUAGACUGAUGAAAAAACAAACUAGUACUAGUGUCAUUAGUUUGCAAUAGUGAUGUUUAUAUAAUUAUAAUUAUCUUGCUUUUAUGUCAAUUUAACUCUGGGGAAUCCUUGACUAUAAUUAUAUAGAGAUACUAUUUAGCCACAUGAAGGCAAUCCCAUACCAUUAUCAUAUAAUAGUAUCAGGUGUUAAUGAAGUAAACUCUUUACCAGUCCAUCAGUCCGCACAUCAGCAUUUCCUGGGGGCAGAAGAAGAUGAAAAAACAUUUAAAGCAUUUUGUUAUUACAUAAUCACUGUGUGUACACCUAUGGGGCGCCAAAUGUUGCAUAAUACAAAAAGUAUCAUUGUUUAGAAAUUAUUAUUCUUUACACAAUACCAUCUUUCUUUGUACAACAAAUAUGCUUCUUUCCACAUAUAAUUAGUGUUGUUUCACAAUCCAUGCAUUUAUAUGGAUUCAUCACAAUCAGGUGAUCUUAAUUUUUGCGCAUGCGCAAAAGAUUAAGUUGCACAUGGUAUUGAAAACAUGGCUGAACUAAGCCAGGCAAUAGCAUCAGCUAUCACUCAAGCUAUUACUACUGUCUUGGACAGAGAAUCACCAAGAGAUACUUUUUCACAUGCCCUCUCUGUUCCCGCCCUCUCUAUGCCUGGUCCCGGACCCAGUGCUAGUGUUACCCAACUCAGUUGUGAGAGUUCCAGUAGCACUAGCAGAGAUUCAGAUGAUGAGGAGUCUAGAAUCGGUGGUAGACCAUUUGCUGUUAUAAACCUGGACGAAGUUGAGUUCUUUCGUUCCAUAAACCUCAAUUGGACAACAAUUGCAGCAAAAGUUGGUGUUAGCAGGCAAACUUUAUACCGACGCUUGAAGAAGGAAGGCAUAUAUGAAGACCUGCGCUACUCUUCACUUUCUGACAACGAACUUGAUGAUGUCCUCAGGCACAUUAAAAUCAAUCAUCCAAAUGACGGGGAAGUGCUCAUGCAUGGUCACUUGUCGGCAAUGGGAUUAAAAAUCCAACGAUACCGACUGAGAUCUGCCUUACAUCGUGUUGACCCUAUUGGUAUAGCACAGCGUAGAAGGAUUGUUGUUAGGCGACGCCGGUAUCAUGUUGAGCAUCCCAAUUGUAUAUGGCAUAUUGAUGGACAUCAUAAGCUAAUACGAUGGCGGCUAGUUACUCAUGGAGGGAUUGACGGAUGUUCCCGCCUCAUAACAUUUCUUAGGUGCUCAUCUAACAACAAGGCGUCAACUGUGCUCACCGCUUUUUCUGAGGCAGCUUAUAAGUACGGUCUCCCUCUGCGUGUACGGUCUGAUCUUGGAGGUGAGAAUGUAGAUGUAUGGAGGUACAUGGUCGCUCAAUAUGAUGGUGAUGAAUAUGCUGUGAUCACUGGGAGCUCUACUCACAACGAGCGAAUUGAACGUUUAUGGUGGGAUGUUUUCAGGUGUGUAGGACAGCUAUUUUACGACACAUUUCAUUCCCUUGAAGAUGAGUGCUUAUUGGAUCCACUGAAUGAGACUGACAUGUUUUGUCUGCAUUUCGUUUAUCUUCCGUUGAUCAACAAAUGUUUGGACGAAUUUGUGCAAUCAUGGAAUCAUCAUCGAAUCUCAACAGAGAGAAACAAAACACCAUACCAAUUGCACCUGACUGACUAUCAGAGUCUUCCGCAGCAAGAUGUUAAUCUAAGUGACAAUCAUUUUAGAACUGUUGAAGGGGUUAAUGUUCCAAGAAGUAAUUUUCGGUGUUGUCAAGUGCUGGAGCAGCUGCUAUCCAAUUCGAUCGACAGAACAACCGAGUCCGGUGAUCUAGGUAUUUCAGCCUACAAACACACAGUGGCUUUAGUUGGUUCUCAUGUUGCAGUGUGUCAAGCUUGUAAUAGUAGCUAGGCUUAUUCUCAUGUUAUAUUUUGUGUGCGUCAUUUUGUUCUUGUUAAUAAUGUAUCAUUGUAGGUAAGGGCUGGCUGAACAUCA